UGGAAGCGUCCUGAGGCUGUAAGAGCAGUACACAACAUGUCUUCUUGCCUUCCGUAUCUUGAGGAGAUGUUCGUUGCUUUUCUGGAGGGGGCAUUGACGACCUGGGAGCGUUUCACGUCAGAAUUUGGUAGUGAUGGACUAAUAGCAGCACUUACAGAGGGAGAAAGGGAUGUAGCCUUCAUGCCGGCUACAAACGAUGCGAACGAAGGUGCCCUCGGGGCAUAUCGAGUUUUUAUUCGAAAAAAUCCUACUGCGACCGUUGAGCGUUUUAAUUCGAUAUACAUUUACAUCAGAAACGGCACCGAGGAAUUUGUAGAAACUUGGCUCACUGAUGACGAAAACCAGAAAUAUUUGCGUACGCAGGCCCGGAACCGCGAUACAGAGCAGAGAGACAAGAAACGCCGUCUUUCUAUCCUUGAGGAGCAUAUCCAUGAAUAUGCGUCCUCAAAACAGCGAGAAGAAGAGCGAGCACAGAAGCGUGUAAAGCGCAAUGAGCGAAUCGAUGCUGUCGAGAUACAGAUGGAUCGAGACGAGGUAAUGAAAAUGAAAGCAACGGAACUGAAGGCGCAACUAGACAAGCUUAGGAGGAAUGAUACCCAGAUACCCAUAGAAUCAAGGAUGAGGACUAAAGCGGAAAAACUCCGGGAACUACUUCUAGCAUUAGAUAGACUUAAUACUGUACAAUAG